AGUGUGUUGCUGUACGUAGAUCUAAGCUGACAGGUCAAUGUGAGAGCCUGCCACAGUCCUGGGGAAAAGACGAAAUAAUGGAAAGUGGAUAUGACUAUGCGAAGAAGAUCUUCGUGCAGGAAAACUUUCAGCCACCGCGUGAAGUUGCUUUAUUCAAAGACAUCUACUGGAAGAUUCCUGGAGUAUUGAAAACCGGUGCAAAAAUAGACGUGUUCAUGUCACUCCUGCCUGGAUUUCAAGGUCCAAAUAUUAUCCUGACUAGCUUGCUGGGGACAGUAAAGACAAUUUGGAAUCGAGGUCACCACUUCAGAUUGAACUUCCUUGAUAACAAAAUUCAAGUUUUCGAAAGUAUCGACAGCUCAAAUAUGGGCGAUAAAUACGUCGAAAAUUGGUCUGUAAAAGCAGGUUCAAAGCUUGAGGUUAAGAUGUCAUGGCUUGCUCAGAAAGACUCAGUUGCGUUAUAUGCUAACGACGUAGAGUUGCUUACGUAUCGACUCAAUGUUAGUCUUGACGCAAUGAAGCAGAUCUAUCUAAAUGAAGCAUAUAGACAGAAAACAGUCACUGUCAACCGCCUACAGUUCACUGCAUAGUACACAAGGCAUAUAUAUAAUCAGACACUGUAUACAACCAAGUACAGAUUGAUGUCGAUAUACAAAACUUCUGCCGUGUAUAUUCUGUCGCCUUUAUCUGUUUACUUCACCAGAGUUUAAUGUGCUUAGGAUUAGCUAUUUUGAUCACUCACAAUCCGUCUUCUGUCCGUCCGUCAUUUUCAGUAAACCAUAUCGCCUAUCAGUUUACAUUAUGGACGUUGAUAAAUUACGCUUAAAGGAUGUAAGCUUCUUAAAGAGUUCUUUAUUAUAAUUGUUCGAUAAAAUCCAUUCCAUACAGAACCCUUCGUUUACAAGGCAGCUUAAAGUAAAAAAUCAAAAUUUAUAAAAAUCAUUUCUGUUAGAAAAUGCGGGCCUGAUUUUAAGAGGACUCCCCAUAGAUAAUGAUUCUUGCGUGAAUCAACGCUUAUUCAAAUCAUUCAGUUUCGUUCGUCAAAACCAUUGCUAAUUUGGUCACAUUGUUCCUGUGUAUAUAGCAGAAACUUUAUAUUCUUGUCAGAAACAGAUGGUCAAUUUUUAAAUGAUUUCAAACAAUGAUUUCUUUGGUAACACUAUACCACAUUAUUCAAAUUAUCUGCUUGUACAUUUUUAAAGUAUUUUUCCUGAAAUGAAUCUUGGUAUACCUGCUUGAGUUUUUUAGGGUCUAUCUCUACUCCUUGGGUUUUAUUUUAGUUUUAUUUUGUAUAAGUUACCGCCCAUGACUCCGUCAGAUAUCUGAAAAAUGGCUUGCAAAUUGUGUCGCACGUUCCUAAAAUGGGUGUGACAAAGUGUUAUGGAAUUUUAUAGGAAUAUUGAACUUGACAGAAAUGUUUUUCAGUAUGUGAAGACUUGUACUUGAGGAUUUAUUUGAGAAUGACUUCCUAUAAUCAUCCCCAAUCCAUAUAUUUUGCAAGUUUUCAGUUCUCUUAUCUUGCGUUGUGAUGAUGUAAAGUGGUAUGCUUACCCCACUUCCUCCCACCGAACGGCACCCUUUCACCAUCAAGCAAAGAUAAUAUGAAAUGCAUUGUGAGCAAGUAAGAUAUAUCAAACAAAAUUUCAACAAUGCAUACUUGAUAAUUUACCAGAUUU